GCUGAAAAGACUCUUUAUUUCAUGUCAAUAGUUCACUGUUUUCACCUAAUUCAUCAUGGUAAUGUGUUGAGAUCUCCUGUAAAUUGUCACAGACUGAGAUAAAAUACAGCUUCAUCUACACUGUCACUCUGGAGAAAAGCCAAUAAAACUGAGACAUUUUAAUGUGAUAUGAGACUUGAGGAAACAUCUGGAAGGAGAAACCCUUUGUGUGUUCUGUGGAAAGUGUUUGAAAGUGCACCAGAAAAUACACACUGAUGAGAAGGAUCAUGUGUGCUUUGAGUGUGGGAAUAACUUUAUCACAGCAGCUAUUUGUAUCCGCAUAUUAAGAUGUUUGAUCAACACAGUGUACUGUCGCUUUAAGAGGCGCGUUCUCUCCUCUCGGAUUAGGCGGGAAGAAAAAGAAAAUAAAGGAGGAGUUUUCCCUCAGAUCUCUCAGAGUGGAUCAUGUUUUCUCUUUUGUCAACAGGGCUUCGUUCUUUUUUCAUGGAUUACUGAUUUAUCUGGAUUUCAUCUUCAACAUUUGACCGGAUCCUGGACUGUGACGUUCUUCGUAGAUCAUCUGAAUUUAAUAACAGAUCUGAUGGAAGUGAAGGAGGAAAGUCAAGAGCUGGAAAUACUUUCACAGACUGAAAACAAGUUCACACAGAAAAAUACUGACAGAGCAGAAGCCAAAAACUCUUUCACCUGCAGUCAGUGUGGAAAGAGUUUUGCUGAAAAAAGAGCACUUGAAGGACACAUGACAAUCCACACUGGACUGAAACCUUACUCAUGUCAUCAGUGUGGAAAGAGUUUUGCACAAAAAGGAAACCUUGUGUGUCACAUGAGAAUUCAUACUGGAGAGAAACCGUACACAUGUGAUCAGUGUGGAAAGAUUUUUGCACAAAAAGGAACCCUUACAUAUCACAUGAGAAUUCAUACUGGAGAGAAGCAGCAUACAUGUGAUCAGUGUGGAAAGAGUUUUGCACAAAAAGGAACCCUUACAUAUCACAUGAGAAUUCAUACUGGAGAGAAGCAGCAUACAUGUGAUAAGUGUGGAAAGAGUUUUGCACUAAAAGGAAACCUUACACAUCACAUGAGAGUUCAUACUGGAGAGAAACCGUACACAUGUGAUCAGUGUGGAAAGAGUUUCUUAAGUGCAGGACACCUGAAGGAACACAUGAGAAUCCACACUGGAGACAAACCGUACUCAUGUGAUCAGUGUGAAAAGAGUUUCUUAAGUGCAGGACACCUGAAGGAACACAUGAGAAUCCACACUGGAGACAAACCGUACACAUGUUAUCAGUGUGGAAAGAGUUUUGCACAAAAAGGAACCCUUACAUAUCACAUGAGAAUUCAUACUGGAGAGAAGCAGCAUACAUGUGAUCAGUGUGGAAAGAGUUUUGCACAAAAAGGAACCCUUACAUAUCACAUGAGAAUUCAUACUGGAGAGAAGCAGCAUACAUAUGAUAAGUGUGGAAAGAGUUUUGCACUAAAAGGAAACCUUACACAUCACAUGAGAGUUCAUACUGGAGAGAAACCGUACACAUGUUAUCGGUGUGGAAAGAGUUUUACACAAAAUGGAAACCUUACACAUCACUUGAGAAUUCAUACUGGAGAGAAACCGUACACAUGUGAUCAGUGUGGAAAGAGUUUCUUAAGUGCAGGACACCUUAAGGAACACAUGAGAAUCCACACUGGAGAGAAACCGUACUCAUGUGAUCAGUGUAGAAAGAGUUUUGCAAAAAAUGGAAACCUUAUACAUCACAUGAGAGUUCAUACUGGAGAGAAACCGUACACAUGUUAUCAGUGUGGAAAGAGUUUUGAACAAAAAGGAAACCUUACACAUCACAUGAGAAUUCACGCUGAAAAGAAACCGUACACGUGAUAAGUGUGGAAAGAGUUUUGCACUAAAAGGAAACCUUACAUAUCACAUGAGAGUUCAUACUGGAGACAAACCGUACACAUGUUAUCAGUGUGGAAAGAGUUUUGAACAAAAAGGAAACCUUACACAUCACAUGACAAUUCAUACUGGAAAGAAACCGUACACAUGUGAUCAGUGUGGAAAGAGUUUUGCACGAGCGGACAGUUUGGAACAUCACCAGAUCACACAGUGGUGUGAAGGAUCAUGUUUGUUUUAAGUGUGAAAAGACGUUUUUCACAGCUGGCAGUUUGAAAGGUCACCAGAGAAUCCACAAUGGAGAAAAACCUUACAGGUGUUUAAACUGUGACGAGAUUUACUCUGUCAUCUCACCUGAAAAGACAUGAGAAGAUCCACACUAGAGAAACCGUACCACUGCCCUCCAUGUGGGAAGAUUUUCGACCAAUCAAGUCAUCUACAGAUUCAUAUGAAAAAGCUUCAUCCACAGUUCUCAGGGUGAACACUUGUUCAUCGUGUGGAUUUAAAUCAGGUUUUUGUUCGUGCCAGUAUUUGUACUGUAUGAAUUGUUAAAGUGUAAUUUAAUGUGUUGUAUAGAGUGUGCUGCUGAUUCUACAGGAAAUUAUGAGAAAUUAAAUAUUCUGAAAAAAUUUAGUUUUAAAUUCUUCACAUGUUUUUCAAUGCAGUUAAUUUGAGAAAACAUUGUAGAAUAUUUCUAUUAUGUCUAUAAUGUGUAGACUCAAAGAUACACUAAUUAAAAUGCUCCACAUUAAAAACAGUUUUAGUACUUUUGGAUGUUGCAUUUGCAUGUGUGAGGUUAAAGACAAUAUGAGAAGAAAUAAAAUUACAAAUGUUAGUAAAGAAAACGCUGCCGUCACAAAAUAGUUCACACGACUAAUGGCUGCCACUUUGUUUUAAGAGGUAAAUAUUCAUGAUUUAAAUGUUUUGUAGUUUGUCUAAGCACCAGGUGUAGUGCUCUAAGCACCAUAAAUGGUAAUCAGAAGGUUGCUGGUUUGAUCCCCACAGCCACCACCAUUGUGUCCUUGAGUAAAACACUGAACUCCAGGUUGCUCCGGGGGGAUUGUCCCUGUAAUAAGGGCUCUGUAAGUCGGUUUGGAUAAAAGUGUCUGCCAAAUGCAUAAAUGUAAAAAAAUUUAAGUAUUGACGAUGUUUCAGUCACUGUCUGUUCAUCACCAGCAGGUGUCGCUGUUCAUGUACUUUUUUCAUUUAUAAUUCACGACUAUGAAUGAAUACAAGCGUCCUGUUGACUGUAUACUGAAUAUUUGUUUCUAAAGAGUUGAUAUGACUUGUUUCAUAAACAAUUUUUUUGAAAAUAAUUGAAAUUUUUGCAUAAAAAAUUUAAUAUUUAGUCUCAUUUAAUAUCCACAGAAUACAGUCAGGUCUCUUCUAAUUAUUCUGAAAGUCGUGUUUCAUUAGUGCCAAGACUAACAGAAAUAAAAGGCCCAUCAGGCUGAAAAGACUCUUUAUUUCAUGUCAAUAGUUCACUGUUUUCACCUAAUUCAUCAUGGUAAUGUGUUGAGAUCUCCUGUAAAUUGUCACAGACUGAGAUAAAAUACAGCUUCAUCUACACUGUCACUCUGGAGAAAAGCCAAUAAAACUGAGACAUUUUAAUGUGAUAUGAGACUUGAGGAAACAUCUGGAAGGAGAAACCCUUUGUGUGUUCUGUGGAAAGUGUUUGAAAGUGCACCAGAAAAUACACACUGAUGAGAAGGAUCAUGUGUGCUUUGAGUGUGGGAAUAACUUUAUCACAGCAGCUAUUUGUAUCCGCAUAUUAAGAUGUUUGAUCAACACAGUGUACUGUCGCUUUAAGAGGCGCGUUCUCUCCUCUCGGAUUAGGCGGGAAGAAAAAGAAAAUAAAGGA